CCGACACCUGGUCAUCUCCUCUACACCUUCUUCCUCCCGACCGACCGCUCUCCCAUAAUGCUCCCUCGUCAUCUCCGCCGCGCGGUCCUGACCCCCGCCGCGCCUGCCCAAAUCCGUGCGCUCCUGCUCAGCAAGCAGUCUCUUCGCUCACUCCCUCUGCACCCCGCGCUCUCAGCUGGCGCGUCCUCCGCGUCAUUCCAUUCUUCCGCUCGUCGCCAAAAUGAGCCUCCCAAGUCGCCGUUUCAGACGUUUGUGGAGGUCCUCAAGGACGAACUCAGGAAGAACAGGGAGCUCCAGGACAACGUCAAGCAGCUCCAGGGAGAUGUAGAGAAGUUCCAGGACUCGGAGGCAAUGAAGCGUGCUAAGGAAGCGUACGAGCGUGCGAGGUUGACCUCUAGUAUCAAGGAGAACCCUCGGCUGCGCGCGGCUGCCGAGGAACUCCGUAAAGCUGGCAUCAAGGUCGGUGACGCCGUCGGCGAGGCUCUGAGGACCAUGGAAGAGAGCGAGCUUAUGCGCGCGAUCUCCCGUGCCUCGGCUGCCGUGUCAUCAACUAUCGAGAAGACGACCGAGCCAAUACGCAACACCGCUGCGUACAAGUCGCUCUCGGACACGAUCGCGGACGCAUUGGAUGACAGUGGCUCCUCGAAGCACGGUGGGUUCGAGGAGAAGGAGGCGCGUCGGAGACGGAGGCAGCUCCGGUUGGCAAAGGCCGGCAAGGAUAGCAUGAGUCGCGUCAAGGCGAAUCCAGAAGCUGGGCAAGCCAUGGUCUUACACAAGGAUUCGCCACGGCAAGAGAAGUGGAACCAGCUGAAAGAGACGAACCCUAUCCUCCGUCAGUUCGCUGAGCUCAAGCAGCAGUAUGACGAGAGCGAAAACCCCGUCAUCUCGUCGCUACGGAGCGUCACCUCGACUAUCGGCAGCUGGUUCGACGAGAACGAGAGCGCGCAGGUGCACCGAUACAUGAAGGCUAUGGACCCGACCUUCAAUAUCGGCAACUUCGAGCGCGAGCUUCGAGAAUAUAUCGUUCCCGAGGUCGUCGACGCGUACCUCACCGCGGAUAGGGAGGCAUUGCAGGCGUGGUGUGGUGAGAAGACCUACAAUGUCCUCUGGGCGACUAUGGAGCAGUAUUUGAAGCAGGGCUUGGUCAGCGAUAGCAAGGUCCUUGAUAUCCGCGCAGUUGAGAUAUUGCACGGGAAGAUCCUCGAGGAUGAUAUCCCCGUUUACGUUGUCACGUUCGCGACGCAAGAAAUACUGCUCUUCCGCAACGCGAAGACGGGUGAGGUUGUGGUCGGUGCUGAGGACCGUGUGGAGCAGUGUCACUACGCUGCCGUCAUCACACGACUCGAGGAAGAGCUCGACAAUGAGCUCACUGGCGGCUGGAAAAUUGUCGAAAUGGGUCGGAGAUCCUCUCGACAAUAUCUGUAGUCUCCCGCAUAAGCCCGUACUCAAAAGUUGCUAUUCAUCACGAGACUAAUCCGCAAGUACUUCAUGGUCCACUUGCAUCAUACUCACGCCCCCUCACCGCUCAUACCUUGUAUAGUACUUGCUCGGAAUGCUCGACUGCAUGUGAUCCUAGACAGUGCACUCGAUGGUCAUCGCAUAGGGUAUUACGCUAAUGCAUUAUAGAAAUUCA